CUCUACUUUGUCUUUCUGUUGUAUGAGUUACCCAACUUUCCGAUCAAUGGUAAUAAAGAAGAAGUUGAAUCAGGAGGUGAUGAUGAUGCUUGUCAAGCGAGUUAGUGAGUGUUCCUCAUCCGAUCCACCUUCUAUCGAGAAACCUCUUGACGAAUAUAAGGACUUGCAAACUGAGCCGACGGGAAUCACUGAGUGUGCUAUUAAGCACACAAUCGAGAUUAUUCCCGAAAGCAAGAUUCCCAAGGGUCCUAUUUACCGAAUGUCUCCCAGGGAACUUGAGGAACUUCGGAAGCAGUUGCAAGAACUUACUGACAAGAGGAACAAACUCUCACAUGAGAAUCCGAUGGGACUAUUACGACCACUGCCGAUUCCAAGUGAGCCAGUGACACGUCAGCAGUACCACGUCAGACAGUGCCACGUAAGCAGUGCCACGUCAGCAGUGCCACGUCAGACAAAGUGCCACGUCAGCAACAUGACGGGCCUGCCGGGCCAACUGGCCAAUGAGCCCAUUGCCGACUACACAAAGCGCUUCCAUGCUCAGCUCGCUCUAAUCGAGGCUGAGGAACAACGCCAGCUGGCAGCCAAGGCUGCCCAGCUACAGGCUGAAGAAGCGGCAACAGCAAAGAAGCUGCGGCUACAGGCCGAAGCAGACGCAGAUGCCCAGGCUCGCCGCAAGGAAGCCCAGGCUCUGCUGCAGCGGCAUGAAGCCAACAGCAUCGAGAAACUCAAGUACUGGCACUUUGAACCGAACGGCGACGAGCCAACACCGGAAGAGCAGCAUAAGGAGUUCAUGGCCAAGCUCGUGAGCAGGUUGGUUUACACAUGUAACCAACUACAGUCCGAGCUGGCAAACCUCCAGCGGGCCGUGCGGAAUCAUAAGACUCAGCACGAGGAUGCCACACGGGCACUGGACGCCCGUGUACUGGGCCUGGAACAGGCUGUACCAGGACCAGAUGCUGGGGCUUCCAGCAGUGCAUCCUCUAGCCGCCAACUGGAGGAACGCGUUGACCACGUAGUGGAAAUGCUCGGCGACAUCAGCACCUUCGCUGCGCCGACCACCAUCAGCAGUCAGCUGCAUACCUUGAAGACCGAGGUCCAGCGGUUGCAGUCGACGAACGCGGAUGACAAUCCGAAGAUGUACAAGAUGCCAACUUUCCAAUUGGACAAGUUCGACGACUACACACAGCAGGAUCCGGUCCUCUGGUGGGAAGCAUUCACAACGCAACUCAAGAUUCUGCCCGUAGCCAAGCAUGCGUACAUCGGCGCCCUGUUCCUGAACUCAAAGGGCGGAUGCCAGACCUGGUUGAGCCACCUGGCAACCUCCCACGGCGUCAACGUACCAGACUUGAAGGACAAGAUCACAUGGGAGGAACUGACACGGCACUCGCCAUCAACCGUCUGUUCACCAUGUCACAGGGCAACACUGCAACACGGGAUUGGCUCACGGAGUGGCAGAAGAUUGCGGCGGUGCCCAAUGUGGAAUUGGCAUUCACACAUCUACGCCGCGAGUUCUACAACAGGCCGGAAAUGGACAGCCAGUACAAGUUCCAUGGGUCAAGUUCGGCUUGACCGAGGCGGAGUACAAGGUCCGCGGCCGCUACGGCAGCUGCUACUGGUGCAACAACACCAAGCACAAGACCUCCCUGUGCCAGGAUCAGGGCAAGGAGGAUGUGCGACCCCGCCUCAGCUCGGGAAACUGAGCUCCGUGGAAGGUGAGGCGACUCCACCUACUCCGCCAGAUUUGGCCGCCUUGCUAGCGGCCUCCUGCACAUCUGGGGAGAACGCGAAAGUCGCAAGUUCUCUUUACACUUACGAGGACUAUGCUGUCCACUUGGUUCCACCGCUGGACCAACCGCUCCACGUGCAACAAUCUACCGCAUGCACGGUUUCAUCACCAUCGGCAACCGAUUCGGCAGCUUCGCCGCCAUCUAUCGUCGGGGAUUCAUCGUCGUGGUCAAGACUUGAGGUGCUCGACCCAUCGACGUUCACGGACUUCCAGUGGAUGCCCGUUCCCCCGACCGGACGAUUGCCGAAAACGCAUUGCAAUGUGCUCAUGGCACAACUGCGAGAUUACUUGCACACUGCAGUACCGACUCCGUUGAUGGACGCCGGAGUAGAGUUUGUCGAACUUCACGUCUACAUUGCGAAGAUCGACCGCGAGUUCAAGACGCAACGGUACGACGACAUCGACGCACCAUUGCUAUAUGUACGCAUUCAGAUCGGGGAAGUGACCUGCAACGCUUUGAUCGAUUGCGGAGCAUCUCGCAACUACAUCAACCAGGACUUCAUGGUGCGCACCGGCCUUGGCCCACACGUCCGGAGGAAGCCGCAGCCUACACAAGUCACAUUGGCGGACGGUCACACGCACAAGUCAAUCGACCGGUGCAUUGACAGCGUCCCAGUGUACUUUGCCCCUCACGCAAGUGAGGCGGUGUCCUUUCACAUUCUGGACACCAAAUUUGACAUGAUCUUGGGCAUGUCAUGGCUGCGAAGCAAGGAUCACCCGGUGAACUUCKUCAACCGCACCGUUCACGUUCGUGACCGRAACGGAGUAUUAGUUCCAUGCACGGUGCCUCUUCCUCAUCCUUCGAUCAGCUGCCACGUGGUAUCCGCCGCAAGCAUGCGAGCUUCCAUCAUCAGAGACGACAUCGAGGAGAUGGGGGUGUGUUUUCUCCACGCACUCCCGCCCCAUGACGCUUCAUCGACUGACUCACCUUCGGAUCCACGCAUCACCGAACUUCUCGAUGCCUACAGCGACGUGUUCGAAGGCCCGCACGGAGUAGUACCGGAUCGACCCAUCCGCCACGAGAUCAUCCUCGAGGACGGGCCCGUACCUCCGCGCGGUUGCAUCUACCGAAUGAGCGAGGAAGAGUUAAGUGUGCUUCGGGCACAACUCGACGACCUUCUGGAGAAAGGCUGGAUUCGGCCUAGCUCAUCGCCAUAUGGUGCUCCUGUUCUCUUCGUCCGGAAGAAGAACAAGGACCUGCGGUUGUGCGUCGAUUAUCGCAAGCUCAACGCGCAGACAAUCAGGAACGCCGACCCUCUCCCACGCAUCGACGACCUUCUCGAGCGACUGGGCGGCGCCAAGUUUUUCUCCAAGCUGGACCUCAAGUCGGGAUAUCACCAACUCGAGAUUCGCAAGGAGGACCGUUACAAGACCGCGUUUAAGACGCGAUAUGGGCAUUUCGAAUGGCUGGUCAUGCCAUUUGGCCUUACGAAUGCCCUGGCCACUUUCCAAGCGGCUAUGACAACGGAGUUCCGACACAUGCUGGAUCGAUUCGUACUUAUCUAUCUCGACGACAUCCUGGUGUACAGUCGGAGUUUGGAGGAGCAUGUGGAACACGUGCGCACCGUUUUGGAGCGGCUACAACAGGCCAAGUACAAAGCAAACUGCGACAAGUGCGAGUUCGCACGGCAGGAGCUGGAGUACUUGGGCCAUUAUGUGAUGCCGCAAGGCAUCCGUCCGCUCGCGGACAAGAUCGAGGCCCUACGAGUAUGGCCCGAGCCCACCAACACCACGGACGUUCUCUUGGAACAGCACGACGGCGACGACUGGCACCCUGUGGAGUAUUUCAGCCACAAAGUGCCUCCCAUCAACUCGCUUGAUGAUGCAAGGAAGAAGGAGCUACUCGCGUUCGUCAUGGCUCUCAAGCGAUGGCGGCACUUCCUCCUUGGGCGUCGUAGGUUCACAUGGGUUACGGACAACAAUCCAUUGACCUACUACAAGACACAGGAUACGGUGAGCAGCACGAUCAGACGAUGGAUGUACUUCAUCGACCAGUUUGACUUCACACCGAAACAUCUACCCGGCCUCUCAAAUCGCGCAGCAGAUGCACUCUCGCGAAGACCAGAUCUUUGCGCCAUGACACAUCAUGCCUUCGCAUUCGACGAGGAGUUUCAGCGACACUUCAUCCGGGCAUAUGAGUCUUAUCCAGACUUCGUCACGUUGUACGCACAACUAUCUUCGGAUCACCCGCCGGCCAGCCACUAUCGCAUUGCUGACGGAUACUUGCUCCUCCACUUGAGAGGCAAGGACUUAUUGUGUGUCCCACGCGACCGUCUCUUCGGACUCGCCUCCUCGGCGAGUAUCAUGAUUCACGACUUGCCGGCCAUUUCGGAGUCAACCGCACUAUUGCACGUCUUCGACAACGAUUCCGAUGGCCCGACCUCAUUACUGAUGUCACUUGGUAUUGCGACUCGUGCGAAGUUUGCCAAUGCAGCAAACCCCGCAACCGCAAUCCCUACGGCGAGUUACACCCGAUGCCUAUCCCACGGGAACCCGGUCUCUCCAUUGCCAUGGAUGUCACCAGUCCGUUUCCUCGCGACCGGCUCGGGCACGACGGCAUCCUCCCGAAGAAUCGUCAGUGACCGUGACACUCGUUUCAUGUCUGCAUUUUGGACUGCUCUCAUGCAGGAGUCCAACACAACAAUGAAACCAAGUUCGGCUCGGCAUCCUCAGACAGACGGGCAGACGGAGCGGGCACAUCAAACCGCUCAAAUGAUGCUUCGUACGCUCAUCCGUCCGGACCAGAAAGAUUGGGUUGACCGCCUCCCCGACAUCGAGUUCGCCUACAACACUUCGGUGCACCCGGCGAUCGGCGUGACYCCAUUCGAGUUGCACCACGGUGGACGGAAAGGACGUAUCUUCGCCGACCUUCUCCUCCAUCGACCAACUGCCAUUGACGCUGCCUGCUCUCCCGCUUCGGUCCGGAAGUACAGGGAAUUGCUGACUCAAGCCCGCGCAAAUAUGCAAAAGGCUCAAGUCCGCAUGCAACAGCAAGCCAACACGCGUCGCGUACCAUGUCCCAUCCGCGCUGGUGAUCUGGUUUGGGUCUCCAGGGAAGAGUUUGCACUGGAACAGGAUAUUUCAGGCAAACUGCUUCCCAAGUGGUUUGGACCUUGGUCGGUGACAGCAGCCGCGGGCGAUGAGCCCGAUGGCCCUUCAUUUGUGAUCAACAUUCUAGAGCAUCUGACGGUCCAUCCGGUCUUCCACGCCUCRAAGCUGGCAACAUACACGCCAGCCAAGAGCGACGACUUUCCGGGCCGACGAUCGCAGGACCCUCCCUCUAUGGAUGGUCAUCAAGAAGUUGACCGCRYCAUCUCCGAUCGCAAGUACGGCAGCAAGCCGYGGCAGUACAAAGUCACAUUCAAAGCAUGCGAUCGCGACGACACUCGGUGGAUUUCAGGCGCAGAUUUGAAAGCAUCCGCACCGCUGAUCUACGCGCAUUAUGAAAAGCGGAGGUUAGCUCAGGAAGCUUCACGACCAGUCCCUCCCACCCGGACUGUGGUCCCUCCCUCAGACAGACAGCUUCGCCCUCGCAGGGCUGCACAAUAUUCAGUAAGAUCGACCUCAAAUCUGGCUAUCACCAGAUUGAGAUGGCAGAAGGUGAUGUCCACAAGACAACCUUUAAAACCAGAGUCAACAUGCAUGGUUCUAUCCAAAGAGAACAUGGAGCUUCGAAAGAAGGUUGAAUGGAUGAGUUCCAUCCUGCCAACAACCGAACCGGCAAAGCCAAAAGCGUUUGAGAGAUCGGCAACUGCAAGAAGGGAGAGCCAGCACACAGCACAGGAUGCAGAAUCAACCUGUCAUAGUCAAGGUCCCUUCUCAGUUUUCAGUUCUGGUCAAGGCGCUGCAUCACGCUUCCUGUCUUCGCUUUCGGAGUUGGUGUUCAGCCUUAUCUCCACUGGGGAGGCAGCAUGGCUUCUCUGCUCAGCAAAAUACUGGCUUUGGGACAGUUUGUCGGCAUCAUGGGAGCUUCUGUCGAGACUGUGUCUGGGUGAAGAAUCGCAAUCGACUGCAUCCAGACAGGAUAGUUUGCUGGUUUGGCCAGCAGUUGAGGAUCUGCACAAGCAAACAGACCCCAAAGUCACCUCCGCAGAUAUGAAUCGCGGCAACUUGAACCCAUCUGAAUCCAUUUCAUGGGAAAUGGGGUCAAGGUGGGAGGAGAUGGUUGAAAGGGUGAAAGAUUGUGAGAGAGGAACUUAUGGUUCUGCAGACCCAGGUACAAUGGGCUACCUCAGGGAUCAAUCGUUCCACAGAGACUCAGGUAUGGACCACCCCAUGGACCAAUCAUUCCAUACAGACUUCGGUAUUGGCAGACAUGAGGAUCAUGCUCCAAAAAGACAAGAGAGAGUAGGGGUUAAUGGUAGUGAUACCAGUGACGUAGAUGAACCCUGGGAAAUUGUUCUGAUGAUUCAUGAUGUCUUCAUUGUGCACGAUGCCCUGGCUUGAUACGGAGUGUCCCAUUGUUUCAGUUGUAAAAAAAUGCCAGUAGUUGGAAUGAAGGUAACGGCUAUACCUCGAGUGGGAGGGAGGGAAAUUUUCUAAGGAGGUUUCCUGGGCGAAGGUAGAUCUGACCAGGACAGCCGGCUGCUGAACAGAAAUCAGUCAGAGGGGAUGGGGUCCUGGCUGCCUAGUACGUAUGUACAGCUAGCUCGCUGGUAGGCCUGCUUUGGAGCAGGAGUGGGACAUGCAGAGCGAAGCAGCAGCACAGUAUCAACGACUGUCAGUAGUUACUCUGUGGGAUGUGGUCAUGAGUAUGCAAACGGAUACGCCGAUGAUAGUUAUGGAUACCACUGCAUCAGUGUCGUCCUCUCCAUUACACUUGAGUAUAUGUCUGGACUUGAAGCGCUUUUUUGUGCGCAGCCGAUGACAUUACCACUCGGCCAGACAUGCUGUGUGGCAUUUGUGUCCGCGUUUGUCACUGUGUUCUUCUGCUUUUUACCCUCAGAUGAUCGCCCAUAGUUGACACUGUUCUGGCUUUGCGUCCACUUCGGGCCAUGCUGUCCUGAUUUGUGUGAUGCAUGCCGUCUGGCAUGUUUAUCUUGCUUUCACCUUAUCUGGUUUUCUUCUUUUGUCUCAUCUCAGGUCAUCGUUGCAUUUUUUUUUGCCGUGUGGCACUUGGAAAAGGCAUUCUUCCUCACGCGUGUCAAGAGAUCGGUGUUUUGGUGUAUGAGAGAUGUGGAUGCAUCCCAGUAGUGACCGAUAGGGUACUGAGGUAGUCUUGAGGCCAUUCCGCUGAAGUGUCAGCAGUUCAUCCCACCCUGGCUGCGCCGAACAUUCCUUCAAGUUCGGCACUUCAGGCCUAUAUGGAGUUCGGCACUUCAGGCCUACAUGGAGUCCGGCACUUCAGGCCUAUAUGGAGUUCAGCACUUCUGGCCUCCGUUGAGAUGGGGACGGCAAAAGAUGGUGCUCCACUUCAAACCUGACUGGAGCAUAGAUCUCCACCGACUGGAAUGGCUACCGUGUUCACCCGAAUAGAACGCCGGUCAUUGUAGCUGUAUCUGGUGUCACUUUCAGUCCAGAUGCAGUGAUAAUGACCGGGCGUUCUAUUCGGGUGAAGACGGUAGCUUAGAGUAAGGUCGAUGUAUUGUAGGUUGGUUGGAGUAGUUAUGAUGGGAGUAGGAAUAGGGGUUGAAGAUGCUUAUAUCGGUUAUGGGGUAGUAGUAGCUACUGGAUAUUCAGGAUGGACAUGGACGGUAGGAAGCUGUCUAGCCUACGGUACCCACCAUGUUCGACCCUGCAAGGGUGGCUGCGUGCCUCCUGGAUGUUGCCCCCGGGCCAGCGGCACGGACUGGAAGCUGUUCAGGAACUAUUGGUAGCGAAGCCUCUAGCACACGUAGUUAGAGGUCAGCAACUAUCCGUAUUUGAAGGGCAGGUGUGACAAUAGUUCAAGAUUAGGGGUAAAAUAGAGGUCAGCUUAUUAGGGAUAUGCUUGUGCUCCACAUGCUUCAAUAGCUUUUACAGAGAAGAUCGGUGCAGUUACAUGUAGUAGAAAACAGUAAGAGGAUUCUUUGUUGUGACAUAGAGCACGGGAAGGAGUCAGCGGCCACACAUAGAAGACAGGAAGGUCACUGUCAUCAGAUUCAGAAGUAACCAAAGAACUGUCUUUGUUGUUUGUUUCUCCAUUCAUGUAUGACACGUCCAAAUUGUACCAGGGUGCCAUUGGUAGAAGAAAUGAUGUUGGUGGUGAAUAUGCCAACAUGCUCUGCACCUGUAGAACAGUCCCAGAGGGAGAAAAUAUUUCUUUCCUUACAGUGCAUGUUUCUUUUGUUUUCUUUUUGACCUGGAGGUCGUGUGCAGGUGAUUCAACAAUAAGAACAAUCUCUUCAUGGGCUUGGGGAAAAGAAGGGAGGGAGGGAGCGGGGAUUUGGGGGGAGGGGGACUCAAGGACUAGAGGAGUGGAUAUGGAGCGGGAAGGGGAGAAGGGGGGAAGAUGGCAGAAAAUUAGGAAGAGGCAAGGGGGCGUGUGCUCACGGGUGAGACACAAGGAAGAGAGGAGAGGAAAUGGAGCGGGAAGGGGAUAAGAUGGCAGAGAAUGAGGAAGAGGCAAGGAUAGAGUAUGAGGGAACCGGGAGAGAGAGAGAGAGAGAGAGAGAGAGAGAGAGAGAGAGAGAGAGAGAGAGAGAGAGAGAGAGAGAGAGAGAGAGUCCUUUGUGCUCUCUAUUGAUUGGUUCCUGAGUAGAAAUCAUCUAUGACUUACUAUAGUGGAGUGGCGACAAGAGCUGGCUGAAUAUGACGUUGUGCACCAGGUUUUUUGGUGAAUGUCGGAGUGGCAGCAUUCCAGGGUCAUUGUUGAUGUCUGGUGGUAUGGGAGCUGCAUGAUGGGCAGAGGGGAAAAGGACCCGUUCCUUCUUUUUCCCAAGGUCUGAAAGCGGUCCUUUUUUCCCAAGGCUUGAAGGAGGUCUUUUUGGCUCCCUCGAGGCUUGACAGUGGUCUUUGUCUUUUCCUAGGACAAAGUUCGUCCUUUGUUUUGCUUUCCAGUGCAAAAGUCUCCUCCAUGUUUUUUUUUUCUGAACAGCAUCCAAAGAAGGAGAAAAGAGUGUCAGGUGUGUGCUUUAUUUUUUGGUUUUCGGUGCAUGUUGCAAUGAGACUCGUCUUCUUCCUUAUUCGGCAUGAAUGAGAACAGAUGGCAAAUCACACUGGCGCCAGGCGCCCACACAAAGCUCAGAGAUAUCAAGGCCGAGAACACAGUUCAGAUUCAAACGCGCUUCAAAGUGGCUGUGGCACCUGAGCGCCCUCACAUCACCCUUCCAACACUGUAUUCACAGCAACUGUUCACACGCACACUACUCUGGAUGUGGCAUACUGCAUAGCCACACGGGCCCUGUAGGACCCGUCCCGGACAUUCAGCCUAAAAGCCUAAAACU